GAAGGGGCGGGACUUAACGGACGUCACGCGCCGCGCGGACGUGGGCGGCGCUCCCAUUGGCCGCCGCGGGCCGUCUGCAGGCGCGGGCCUUUCGGAGGAGGCCGGAAGUGGGGGAGCGGCGAGGUGACCAGAAAUGGAGAGAAAAGUAAGCAGAAUUUGUCUUGCUUCUGAACCUGACAUAAUUCAUUUUCUUCAAGUGGCUUGGGAGAAAACACUAGCAUCUGGUUUUGUUAUUACACUUACUGAUGGUCAGUCAGCGUGGACCGGGACAGUUUCUGAAUCAGAGAUUUCCCAAGAAGCCGAUGACAUGGCAUUGGAAAAAGAGAAAUAUGUUGAUGAAGUGAGAAAAGCGUUGGUAUCAGGAGGAGGACCAGCUGGUUCAUACAAGUUUGAUUUUUCUAGAGAGUCUUGUCAUUUCUCCUUUGAGAAAAAUCUGAAAGAAGUUUCAUUCAGACUUGGUUCCUUCAAUCUAGAGAAAGUUGCAAAUCCAGGUGAGGUCAUUAGAAAACUUAUUUGUGAUUGCCUGGACACCAUCACAGAAAACCAAGCCAAAAAUGAGCACCUGCAGAAGGAAAAUGAAAGGCUUCUGAGAGAUUGGAAUGAUGUUCAAGGGCGAUUUGAAAAAUGUGUGAGUGCUAAGGAAGCUAUGGAGACUGAUCUUUAUCAACGCUUUAUUCUGGUGCUGAAUGAGAAGAAAGCGAAGAUUAGAAGCUUGCAUAAAUUGUUAAAUGAAGUUCAAGAACUAGAAAAGAACAUUGAGCAUGAAAGGGAAACCACAGCGUGUUCUGAAAUGACAGCUGACAGAGAUGCAAUCUAUGAUGAAAGCACUGAUGAGGAAAAAGAAAAACUGCCUAAUCCCUCUGUGUCGGCUCCAGCUACUCUAAGAGGAGAUGAUUCCAUUAUUUCAAGUCCUGAUGUCACAGAUGUUGCACCAAGUAGAAAGAGGAGGCAGCGGAUGCAAAAAAAUCUUGGAACAGAACCGAAAAUGGUUUCUCAGGUACACCAGCCUCAAGAAAAGAAGCUUGAUCCUCCACUACCUGAGACGUCAAAAAAGGAGCACAGCUCAGCUGAAAACAUGUCUUUAGAAACUCUAAGAAACAGUAGUUCAGAAGACCUCUUUGAUGAGAUUUAACUGUCUCAAAAAGAGUUACCAUUUCAUUUCUGGCCCACAGUUCACAAACUAGAGAAAUGUGUCCAUCAAGAACAAACUCCAUCUCACAGACUCACUACCUAUUGCGCUCAGAAAUAUUAUCCCCGAGUGCCAAGGUAAGAACACAAAUCUGAAUAGAAUAAAAUUGAGUGAGUGGAUUCCUUAUAACGAACUUCAACUAAAGAAAAAUAGUCAUUGAGAUGGUCUUUCUGAUGGCCUCAGUGUUGGAGACUGUGGCAACAGAUACACUGUAUGUGUCCCCCCUUAAUUCCCAUAGCUAGAAUCAGCUUUCCACUUCUCUAGAAGGCGCUCCAAAUAGUAACUGAAUUAAACUAUAGAGAGACCACUCCUCAGCAUAUGCCCUCUGCUACCACUACAUCUCCAAAUUGUAGUCUUAACUGGACCAUGCUAAAGUCAUUGGUCAUUUCUUUUAUUUCUGUUCUCAUCUUAGUCACCCUGAAACACUGAUAACUUAAAACACUUGGUUUCUGGUUCAUUUUUCUCUCUUGGUUCUCUUCCUAUUCCACUGGCCAUUCCUUCUUUAUUCUUUUUUACUUCCUUCUAAUAUUUCCAAUCUCUAUAAAGGUGUCAGUACUCAGACCUCUUCACAUUGUUGGGUAAGUGGUCUCAUCUAGUCAUAUGAAAAAUGCCAACUGCCUUCCUGGCCUUCUUCUUGGAUAUACAAUAAACAUGAUAAAUCUAACAUUAAAUUAUUUAUUUUCUCCUCAAACAUACUUCUUGACCAGCUUUUUCCAUUCCAUAAGUAAUAACUCUAUUCAACCAGCUGUCCAGGCAAAAACUUGUUUGGAGACAUCCUGGAUUCAUCUACCUUUCUCACAUCCUAUAUCCAGUUUCUGAGUAACAGACACCCAGAAUCUGAUUUUUUUUCUUUUUUCUUUCUUUCUUUCUUUUUGCCAACUUCAGAACUAGAAUAAGACAGCAUUUUGUUUUACCUGGGAUAUUGGUGGUAGCCUCCUAACUAGUCUCUCUAUAGUCUAUUCCCAUAGCAGCCAGUAACCAUUUAUAAAUAUCAGGUCGGGGUGCUUGGGUGGCUCAGUCGAUUAGGCAUCCAGCUGUUGAUUUCGGUUCAGGUCAUGAUCUCAAGGUCAUGGGAUCAAGCCCUGAGUCAGGCUCCUGCUCAGCGUGGAGUCUGCUUGAGAUUCCUCUCUCCCCCACAGCUCCUCCCCCUGCUCGCACGCACUCUGUCUCUCUGAAAUAAAUAAAUAAAAUGCUUUUAAAAAAUAUCAGCUCAUGUUCCUUCUGUGCUCAAAACUCUUCUGUGCCAUCCCUGCGCACCCAAGUAAAAACCAGGAUCUUUACCAUCUCUUACAAAGUUCUAACAAUCUGCCCCCAACUUCAUCUCUCUGGCUUUACCUCUUAACCUGCCCUCUUUUGCCCUCUGUUCCAACCACAGUCAUGUCGUCAUUGUGACUUGAACAUGCUGUUCCUCUUGCUGGAAUGCUCUUCCCUUCAGAUAACUACAUAGUCAUUUCCUACUUACUAUUGCUUCUCUUGCUCUGAUUCAUUAUUUUCCAUAUCACUUAUCAGAACAUGGCAUAUUAUGUAAUGUGUUCAUUUGUUUGUUGAUGGUCUCUUCUUGACAGAUUGCAAACACCAUUAGAAGAGAGACUUCAUCUAUUUUGUGCUCCCCUAUAAUCUUCUUUGCCUAGAGUGGUGCUCUGUAUGCAAUAGAUCAUUUACAGAUUUUUCUGAGUUAAUGUUUCAAAUUUUUGUCAUGGUAAUUACAAGAGCAAUAAGGCAUGGGAAGUUUUGUUGAUUGAGCUCACUGACAUGUUAGUAGAACAAACCUUUCACUGAAUCUAAUUUGAGAGAUUGGUCUAAAUUAUAAUAUCAGACUUUCAGCAUUUAUUGUGUUCAAGUUUUACAUUUCUUUGUACAAAUCAUAUGUUGAAGACCUAUCAGUAUAAGGCCAAAAAUGAGAUCAUUUAUUUUUUCUGAGUUUUAUUUAUUCUUGACAAAUAAAAUUUGUAUAUAUUUAAGGUGUACAAUAUAAUAUUUUGACAUGUGUAUACAUUGUGAAAUAAUUACCACAGUCAAACUAAUGAACUUAUCUAUCACCUCCUGUAGUUAACCAUUUUGUGUAUGUGUAUAGUGAGAACAUUUAAGAUCUACUCUCUUAGCAAAUUUCAAGUAUACAAAGCAUCACUGACAACGAUACUUACCAUGAUGUACAUUAGGCCUCUAGAACUUAUCUUAAAACUGAAAGUUUGUAUGCUUAGAUCAAUAUCUCCCCUUAUCCUCCAUCCCCCUGCCUCUGAUAACCAUUAUUCCAUUCUAUGUUACUGUAAGUUUGAUUUUUUUUUUUUAA